CAUUAGACAGAUAACUCAGGAUAUUAAUACUAAAUUCAAACUAAAUCCAGAUAAUUUAGAAGAAAAAUCCAAAAAAAAAACUAGCCGUUGGAGUCGCCAAUACUUCCUCUCUCACUUCAAUGAGAAAAUAGGUCGUUGUCUGAAACAUAACGGUCCAAUCUAACCAUCGCCCUCUAAUAAACCUUCAGCAGCAGCUGUAUGUUUCUGCAUCCAAAAAAACAGAAAUUUUUCCCAAAGAACAAAUAUACUUACUUCUUUAGGUUCCAAGAACCAAACAGAAGAAAGAAGUGGGUUUAAGAAAUGGGUGAAUCGACUUCAGCUUGUCUUGUACGGUCCUUCUCUCAACCUUCUCAAGAACGCAGUGAGGGAGACCCUUUACGUGCACUAACAGCAUCAGUAUCAUUCGGAAGAUUUAUGAAUGAAUCCCUGGCUUGGGAGAAGUGGUCAUCGUUUACUCACAAUCGGUAUCAAGAGGAAGUAGAGAAGUACUCAAGGCCUGGUUCAGUUGCUGAGAAGAAAGCUUACUUUGAGGCUCAAUUCAAGAGAGCAGCUGCUAAAAAAGCAGCAGCUUUGCUUGAGCAGCAGAAUGCAGCAGUUGGUGUGUCAACUGAUCUGAAUGUGACAAAUCAAAUCAAUGUUCAUUCCACAGUGGACUCUGAGUUGACAGGGACUAGCAGCUAUGUGGGUGCUGAUGAAGCACAGAGAGAAGAGGGGGAUGUGACAAAUCAACCCAUUGAUGAUUCCCCAAUGGAAUUUGAGUUCACAGAGAAUGGCAGCUAUGAGGUCACUGAAGAAGCUCAGGGAGGAGAGGGCCAUCUAAAUGUGACAAAUCCAAACCUUGACCAUCGCACAACCUGCUCUGAGUUGCCAGAGAAUAGCAGCUAUGUGGGCGUUGAAGAAGCGCAGGGAGAUGAUGGAGAUAAUACAUCUGCUUUUGGCAGCUACGCUACUCACGAAAAAAGUAACUUAGAACUUGCUGAGACUGAAAACUCAGCAGAACAAUCUUAUCCAAUAGAGAAUGAAGUCAAAUCAUUGAAUCAGGCAGAAAAUGUUGUUGUAGAGGUCAAUGAGAAUAUAAUCCAACUGAAGAAGAAGAAGAAGACGCAAACAAAGAAUGCUUCUAUGGCGGGAGACUCUGUGCUUUCACUGAAGAAGAAACCACUGUCCACAACGAGUAGAUUAACAAAUAACAAUGAAUCAUCAAAGUUGAGAUCUCGUGUCAAACCGAUGACACCUCUGGCACUAAAAGUGACUGAUAAUAGAAAGAAUGGAAAAGACUUGAUUGACAAAAAGCGGUCAAAUCCAAAAUCUCUUCAGACACUGAUCAAAUUUUCUUCUCACAAAGAAGAAACAAAGAAAACAUUGUCUCCAGUUCUUGAGAAGAUAAUGAAUUCAAGACUUGUCAGAUCCAUCACCAAAACAUCUAGAGACGGCAAAGUUCAAGAGACUUCAGCUCUGGCAUCUGUAAGUGGGAUAUCAAAGCGCACUUCUGAAACCCCUCAACGAGAAAAUAGAAGGACUAGAACAAAACUUGACCAACCAUUCUGUAAAAGCGACACAGAAAAGGGUGAAUUGCUAUCACACUCAGGAAAUUUCGAAUCAAUAAACGAGAAUGGAAACAGAACAUGUUCCCGUACUGUAUUUUCUCCUUUCAUCUUAAGAAGUGAAGAAAGAGCAGCAAAGCGAAGAGAGUUCUUUCAGAAGCUAGAACAAAAGCUGAACACAAAGGAAGCAAAAAAGCAGCAGUUACAUGCCAAACCAAAGGAGAAAGCCACCAGUAGUUCUAAAGUGCUUAUAUCAAGAGCUAAACCAAAUCCAAGCAUUCAUCAUGAAAGAGAAUCAUUUACUAAUCAAACGAAAAAGGAGAAAGCCACUAGUAGUUCUAAAGUGCUUACAUCAAAAGCUAAACCAAAUGCAGGCAUUCCGCUAGAAAGAGAAUCAUUUACUAAUCAAACGAAAAAGGAGAUAGCCACUAGUAGUUCUAAAGUGCUUACAUCAAGAGCUAAACCAAAUGCUGCAAGCAUUCAGCAUGAAAGAGAAUCAUUUACUAAUCAAACGAAAAAGGAGAAAGACACUAGUAGUUCUAAAGUGCUUACAUCAAAAGCUAAACCAAAUGCAGGCAUUCAGCUAGAAAGAGAACCAUCAAGUAAUCAAAUGAAGAAGGAGAAAGCUACUAGUAGUAGUUUUAAAGAGCUUACAUCAAGAGCUAAACCAAAUGCAAGCAUUCAUCAUGAAAGAGAAUUGUCAAGUUAUCAAAUGAAGAAGACGUGUCACUUGUCGAAGAGAAAUGUCAAGGACACUAGGCAAAGUCUUCUAUGCUGCUGAAACCUAAGUUGCUCAGACACGGGUGCGGAUCUAGAGAUCAGAUCCUUCGAGAUGUAAAUUCUAAGAUUCGGGGAUAUGGAUCCUAGUAUGGAUACGGGUGCGGGGAUCCGGCUAAAAAUAAUUCAAAAAAAAAAAAAAACUCUAAAUUAUGAGAAAUUUUGUGGAAUACUUGCGUAUAAACUUGUAAAGUGUGAAUUUCUUUUUUAUUCUCAAGUUGUAGAUAAGUAAACGAUUGAUUUUUACCCUAGUUUUGGUUCUGAUUUCGGGAAUUAAAUUGUAUCUCGUCUCAAAUUUUUCUGUCCGUCGUGGUUAAAGUACCUGAAAUUGUUUGAUCACACCCAUACUAGUGUCGUGUCGACACGGGUGCGGCACCUAAACUGAUGUGUCGGAGCAACUUAGGCUGAAAUUGUAAACUUUU